UUCCACCCCAAACCCCUCCCCCCGUUUUUUUUUUUUUUUUAACAGUCUUGGUUAUAAGAGAGGUUUCAUUCAUUUUCCUUUUUAAGGAACUUAGGUAGAGUCUACAGCCCUUUUGAGGCUUGUUGUAGAGACAAACUACAUCAGGAAUAAUAGAAAUGGAUACUUUAUAUAGCUCCUUGCUAAUUCCUUUCCCUACAUUUAAAUAACUUCUCAACUGUUGAACAAACUUCUGCUUUAAGGUUUCAGAGUCAAGUCAUGGGCAGGACAAUUUCUGUUGCAGUCAUUAUUCUGUUUUGCCUUCGAAUAGGUGGCUUGAGUGUAAUAUGCAGAUACUGCAAUCUCUCAGUCCCUUUCCAUGGCUGCCUUUUGGAUGCUGGCACCUGCAGUAUCAGCCCUGGUGAAUUUUGUAAACUUGAGUUCCAUGAACAAGGUGGUGUGGAGUGGUUCAUGGUUAAAGGCUGUACUGCCACCAAAGAGAUAUGCCAUUCAAGGAGAACUAUCAGCAAUACCGUCCAUUUCAUCUAUUGCUGCAACAAAGACAUGUGUAACAUAUGAACUGGAAUCCCCAACUGGGUAAUUAGGCUCAGAAAGAAUGUGAUGCCAGUUUAUAAGCAGUCUAGCAUUAGAAUAGCAAUGUAUACGUUUUUCCUUAGGUGAAUCGAUCACAGUCCAGUGGUUGAUCACAGGAUCUAAUAAAUUGUAGAGUACCUGCUGUGAUCAUAUUCCCCCUCUUCUCAUCCCAAGGAAUAAUGGGCUGGAGGGAGGCCAGAUAUGGCCAGUAUGGCCAAAGGCCAGCAACACAUUCCUGUUCUUAAAACUUUCUGCAAUGUCUCCUUAUUCCUAUUUAAAGACAUUGUCAUCUUUAUUCUAAGAUCUUGGGGAAAAAAAAGAAAAACUAAAACAUUAGCUCCUGUCCAUAGCUCCCUUGCCUCCAAAAAGGUGGAGUAUUCCAAUACAAAUGACUUGGUACAGAUUGGUAUUCUACCAUAUAUUAUCUAAAAUCCCAAAUCACACUACUCUAGUUUGUUUCACUUUGAGGUCACUUCUAAUAGUUGCAUACUGCAUUAGUAUUAAUAUCCUGAAAGAGUUCAUUUGUUUUUUAAAGUGACCUAAUUUAUUUCUUCUGAAUGCUACAUACACUUGGGGAAUCUUGAUGUCUUUAAGAUUACUCAAAAGAAUAAAACAACUUUAAGAAAAGGCAAACUUGUGGACAUUGAGACAAAGCUUUAGGAUAAAAGAUUGUCUUCCUUGCAAACAAUUAAAACACUGAAUGACUUUGACUUGACUUCUAUAGUGGGAGCCCUUAAACACAUAGCAUUUAUAUACAGAUGAGGCAAUUCAAAGGGAACUCCUACCUAUAAGCAGAUGAUGAUCUGAAAUAAUUUUACAGUAUUUAGAUAAUACAGGUCAGAGCAUUGCUUUUGUUUAAUACUAUUUUGGGGUGGAUGAGGUAGUAUAUUUUAGUAUUUAGUAUUUCAUUAGUAUCACAUUGUUUUCUUGUGAUGUAGAUCUGGCAGGUGUUUGAGAAAUUUUUUAAAAUUAAAAAAAAUAUUUAAAUUUCGGUUA